GAAUAUCAAAGGUUAGCUUGCCUGGGCAUCCACCCAAAACUGUAGCCUGUUGUUAGUAUAAAAGUGCAAGAACAGGAGAAAAUUUGCUUUAGUUGCCCAUGUUAAAAGGAGGCAGACUGCCAGGAGUUGGAAGAAACAAUGAAGUUCGAGAAUGUGCUUGAUGAAAUUAAUGGAUUUGGAAAAUUUCAGAUCAUGAUCAUUGGAAUCAACUUCCUGGGUCGCUUCACUUUGCCCUGCCACUUCAUGUUGAGUAAUUUUAUAGCGGCUGUUCCAGCUCAUCACUGUGACAUUAAAUCUUUUGACAAUGAAGGUAUUUUUAAAAACUUGUCUUGGGAAGAGAAGCUCCUUGUCAGUAUUCCAGUCCAGCAGGAUGGCACUCCAAGUUCCUGUCAGAUGUUUGUGGAGCCUCAGUAUCAUUUGUUGUUGCUAAGCUCCCCUAAUGUUACUGAAAUGCUAACUGUAUCAUGCCAAAACGGAUGGGUUUAUGACAACACAACGUUCAAAUCUACAAUAACCUCAGAGUGGGAUCUGGUGUGUGACAAGCGUGAUAAAAACAAAGCAUCUGCAACUAUCUUUUUCAUUGGAGUCAUGUUUGGAGCUAUAUCCUUUGGAAGUCUGAGUGACAGAUACGGCCGGAGGGUCAUGCUGCUGGUUUCCUACAUAUCGGCUCUGAUAUUUGCUGUUGCCAGUGCUUUUUCCACAACUUACGAGAUGUUUGCAGUGCUGAGGUUCUUCACUGGGUUUUGCAUUACAGGCAUUGUCAUCGUCUCAGCAGUCCUCAGUGUGGAGUGGGUGGACGUCAACCACAGGAAGUUGGUAGGAGUGGUUGAUAGCUUUUCCUGGUCAGUUUGGAACUGUGUAUUUCCAGGAAUUGCCUACCAUAUAACUGACUGGCGUUGGCUGAUUCUCUGUGUUUCGUCACCAUUAAUUUUGAGUAUCAUCACUUGGAGAUGGAUGCCUGAGUCAGCGCGAUGGCUUAUUGCCAAUGGAAAGUUUGAACAAGCUCAGAUUCAUCUAAAGAAAUGUGCCAAGAUGAAUGGAGCAGAAGAGUCAAGUCCCAUCCUGAGUAUAGAGACACUAGCAACGAUCAUUGAGACGAAGAAAACUGAUCAAACCUAUUCCUACCUUGAUUUGAUAAGGACACCUAAAAUGAGAAAAAUUGCCCUAAGUACAGGUAUAUUGUGGUUCUGUUUGGCAACCGCAUAUUAUGGCAUCAGCUUCAACAUCCAAGGCUUAGGCCUCAGCAUCUACCUCACUCAAUUUGUUUAUUCUUUAAUUGAACUGCCAGCCAAAGGGACAGUUUACUAUUUACUGGAUAAGAUUGGCAGACGACCCACACAGAUGGGAGCUCUGCUGUGUGCCGCUAUCUGUCUUGGAAUCAACCUUGUCAUCCCGAAAGACUUGUCUGUCCCCAGAACAGUUGUUGCAGUCAUUGGGAAAGGGUUUUCCUCAGCAUCCUUUUCAACCGUUGUGCUGUACUGCUCUGAGCUCUAUCCCACUGUGCUGAGGCAGAACGGCUUUGGCUACAACUCCUUCAUGGGUCGUCUUGGUGUUGCUUUGGCCCCUUUCAUCCUCUUACUCGAUGAGGUCUGGGAGAAGCUCCCACAGUUGGUCUUGUGCCUUCUGGCUCUAACAGGAGGACUGGUGGCGAGGACGCUUUCAGAAACACGCAACAGAUUCCUGCCAGAGACCAUAGAGGACAUUGAACAGCAGUGGAAGAACAAGAAGCCGCUGUCAUGAACAGGCGUGGUCCAAAUUCAGCUAAAAUAAAUCAAAAGUGAAUAGACUGUUGUUUCAACAACUAGAUUUCUGUAUUAAAGUAUUUCUCGAUU